GAUCGAAGUCCUGACCAGCGGUUGCCGGGUUGGGCCACGAGGGGGCCCAUUGCGCCGUCGGAGUCAGUCAGCCAGCGAGCGAGCAAGCAUCGAGCGUGCAGUGACGACGACUACGGCGACAUCGCGGCGCAAGCCAGCAUGCCAGCCAUCUGAGUGGGAAUCCAGCAGCACCCUUAUCGGGCGGACGCCCUUCGGAGUACCGGGUCUUCGAGCGGGAGUGUCGCGACACUGCGUGACGUACGGAUGAGCCACCGGUGAUGGCGACCGACAACGACGACAAGUGCCGUGCGCACGAGCUGUGGGUGCGAGUGACCACUGGCGACGAGGCUUCGUGCGGUAGCUGCAGCGAGAGCACGCAGGACUCCUGGUGGCGCCUGAUCCGGCAGCGGUACGGCGACCCUUCGCGGCACCACCACAACCUCGACCACCUGGACCACAUGGCCGAGCUGCUGGCAGAGUACGCCGACAACCUGAGCAACCCAAGGGCCGUCGCACUGGCGCUCUUCUUCCAGUACCUCGAGUACGAUCCCAAGUCCCAGGAUAACGAGGAGCGGUGCAUCGAGGCCUUCCGGCGGUUCGCCGAGGAGGCCCGAAUACCCACGGACUCGGAGCUGUACCUGUCGGUGACGGAGUUGAUCCAGCUGACGAAGUUGCACAGCACGGAGGAACACAAGCAGGAAGGAAUGUACGGCCGAGAGGACAAGCACUUCUUCCUCGACUUUGACAUGUGCGUGCUGGGGAGCAGCCCCACCGAAUACAAAGACUACACGGAAAAGGUGCGCCUGGAGUACAGUUUUGUUCCCGACGCCGUCUACAAGAGCCUUCGGUCAAAGGUACUGCGGUCUUUCCUGCAAAUUCCCAACAUCUUCUCGACAGAGCCUUUCCGGAGGAAAUACGAGGAGCGUGCAAAGAGCAACAUUAGGGACGAAAUCGCCGAGCUGGACACGUAAUUGCCUGAGCCAAGCAAGAUGAAGAAAAGAAGAAUGGACAUUUUAUUGCUGUGCUUUUUCUUGUUUCUUUUUUUCUCUUUUUUUUGUUUGUUGUUGUCGCAUUGAGCGAAGGACAAAUGCUGCAGUGAUACUGCAGAAAAUGGUAUACAGUGUUAAGUUUUAUCGCUGCUGUUGAUGGGAGUAUUAAAAACAGCGUUAGACUGCUCAAAA